CUCCGAACCUUUGUUUUGGGGCAGACCCCGUUUUUUUUAUCUUUUCCUUACUGGUCAACGGGAGUGCGGACGAGUGUAGUUGUAAACGAGGCGCGUGCACUUUUCAGCACCAAUACCUCGUGGAUAGCAGCCAAACGCAGCACAGAGAGUAGCGGUGUUGUGGGUUAGCUUCACUUUAUCCUGAUACACGGAGGACUUGGCGCUCUGUGAUCACGGGAAAAAACAAAAACUGAUUCAACCCGGUGCCGAGGCGGAGAGCGGAAAUACAGAGAGGCGCAGCUUGAGCUUUUUUUUCUUUUUUGUUCGCCCCGGCGGCAAGAGCUGCAUCUCGGCUUGAAAGAGACAAGUUUUGUGCGGGUGACAUUACCGUUAUCUUCCUUUUUCUGUGUCGAAUUCGCUCGGUUCAGCAGAACUGGAGGACUAAAUGGCUGGAGGCGACGGGAAACAAAGGUGAUAAAGAAGCUUGUUCGGUCCCUCGCCGGUUCGGCCCAGACAGCGGUUGAAGCCCUGCGGUCGGUCCUGUUUUUAGCCACAUCACAGCCCGCUAGCCGCCGAGCUCUUCAUUGUGUGAGCAUCGCUCGUGCUACUCCGCUGCCGCCCGAACCCCGGAGCCCGCGCGCUGCCACCGCACACCUGCCGCCCCCACAAGCUGCGGAUUUUCCUACUCUUCCUCUGUCUUUUUUUGUUUGAAGAACUUUCCAAUCCAAGAAAAAAUGUGUUCUCGGGUUUGGUUCGUGACCGACCGGCGCAUCCACCAGGAGUACCCACAAGUUCAGAUCCUCCGGGCGCUGAAGGAGCGCUGCGCCGACGAGGAUGUGGAAUUCCGCUCCCUGCUCAUGGAUCAAAUCGUGCUGACGAUCAGCGAGGGGCAGUUAGGUCUGCGAGUGGAGCAGGAACUGGUGACGUCCUACCCACAGGUGGUGGUGGUGAGGGUGCCCACGCCAUGGGUCCAGUCGGAUAGCGACAUCACUGUGCUGCGCCACCUGGAAAAGAUGGGCUGUAGGCUGAUCAACCGGCCUCAGGCCAUACUCAACUGUGUCAACAAGUUCUGGACCUUUCAGGAGCUAGCAGGCCACGGGGUGCCUCUUCCUGACACCUUCUCCUACGGAGGGCACGACAACUUUCGUAAGAUGAUUGACGAGGCAGAGCCGCUCGGCUACCCGGUGGUGGUGAAGAACGCACGUGGCCACAGAGGCAAGGCUGUGUUCCUGGCACGGGACAAACACCACCUGACAGAUCUGUGCCACUUGAUCCGCCAUGACACCCCCUACCUGUUCCAGGAGUACGUGAAGGAGUCGCAUGGCCGUGACGUGAGGGUGGUCCUGGUGGGCGGCCGCGUCAUCGGCUCCAUGCUGCGCUGCUCCACCGACGGCCGCAUGCAGAGCAACUGCUCCCUGGGUGGUGUGGGUAUGAUGUGUCCCCUCAGCGAGCAGGGAAAGCAGCUGGCCAUCGAGGUGUCCAACAUUCUCGGCAUGGACGUGUGCGGCAUCGACCUCCUGCAGCUCAACGACGGCUCCUUCGUGGUCUGCGAGGCGAACGCCAACGUGGGCUUCAUCGCCUUCGACCAGGCCUGCGGCAUGGACGUGGCCGGCAUCGUGGCCGACUACGCCCUGUCCAUGCUCCCCAGCCGCCUCACCCGCAAAAUGUCCCUGCUGUCCGUCGUGUCCAGCACCAGCGAGACCAGCAGCGAGCCCGAGGUGUGCGCCGUGCCGGCGGGCGGCGGCUCGCUGCCCGAGGCCGUCUGCAACAUGAGCAUGGGUUCUACCUCCAGCGAGAGCGACCCGGAGCUGGCCGAGCCCUCCCAGUCGUCGCCCCGUCAGUCCACGGUCCCCGCCCUGCCCGGCCUCCCCGACCCGGCCUACAACUUCAACACCCUCCUCGCCAACGAGAUCAAGUUAUUGACUGAGUGAGAUCCAAGCCGCUUCAUUCACACACAAACACCACAGAUGCGUAUUUAAAACCUACACACACUCACCUGUACGGAUGGCAACAAACAUUCCUUUAAAAACACAUAUCAGUCCAAAAACUACCAACACAUGAGAUGUUCAAAAGGAGCAGAGAAACACACAACACACACACUGACACAAACACCAAAACAUGAGCCUUCUCCUACUUCAAAAAAACCUAAAAGAUCUGAGGCUGCUCCCCUGACUCUCCUCUCUUUGCACCUCUAUUCCCAAACUACGAAUCCCGCUCUCUGAACCACAGCAGGAUAGUGAGGGUGGGAUAGAGAACAUGAGAUAACCGGCCUCUGUUAGUUUAGAUUUGCUCUUCUUUGGGUGGGUGGAUCCGUACAUCCUCACAACACUUUAAGUAGAAUCUAUGCUGUCAUAGACGAGGGUUUUCUGCUGAGACUAUAGUCAGGUUUGGUGGGUUGGAGGCGAGCUGAAGUGUUUUAAAGUUGUUGGGGAGACGAUGUAGCAACGGAGCGGGAUGGGAACCCGUCCUGCAGCAACCGGGCAUGUACAAACUGAACAUUAACAAGUAGCAGAUCUGUUUUAGAGUCACACCCCGGAGCGUAAAAACGAGUUCAUCGCUCCAUUUUUAAUUUCACAUUCCUGCAAAGUACGCUUGAUUAGCCUUACCGGCGGCGGUAGCCUGCUGCUGCUUUUUAAAAUUCACCAUCAAAUACCUAGCACUUUAUAACGAACAGACGCAUUUUUUUCUCACUUAGGAAAGACGAGACAGAGUGUGAAAGCCGUGUCUACACCUGCAAGCAAAAUAUACCUCAGAACAGUGACUUUUCACUGCCAUACGGCGACAUAGAUCUUCAGUACAUAUCAGCCUGGAUCCUCGUGGUUUUCUAAUGGCCCUCGGCAUGCCAGGUGUUCCUUCCCUUUAUGUCCAGGAGCUGAAACAGUUGUACAUUAUUGUUUGUUUCUUUUUUUUUUAGAUUUUAUGUAAAUACUUAGGUAGCAUGCUAGCAUCCAGCCGACGAAACUGGAGCCACUGAAAUAACUGCCAACAUGGACAUUUUCAUAAGCUAUUGUGGACAAAGUAGUUUGAGACUGAAAUUUGGUGCUAACAUUUCUGGAUUUGGUUAGUGAUUUCUCAGUCAGAAUUAUUUGUAGACUUCUAUCGUUUUCACAUCGUGUUUUUCUUUCUUUCUUUCUUUUUUGAUAACAAGUAUCCGAACCCGCUGAAACACGUUGGCACGAUGUACAAAAAAAUGGAAACUAUAUUUUUGCAGUCUUCUUGAAUAGAAUGUUACUUUUUCUUUCCUUAGGGGAGAAAGGAAAACAAAAAAAAUCCAGGGAUUUCAGCAGCCAAGACCUUAUUGUUUACAGUCAGUGCUCCUCCUUCCUGCACACCUUCUGAGACAAACAUCACAGCUGCAGGGUACGCUGCCGUUCAUCCAGAAUAACUUACAGCUCUGAUCAAAAGCACAAACGUACACCCUGAACUGUUCCGCCGUGACGCUGGUGUUUUUAGGCCUUUUUUUUCUUUUGAACACAACUCAGGGAAGCAGCCUGGAUCUCAGCCCUGACCCCCCCAAAGGCGUGACAUAUCCAUCCAUCCGAGCUGGAAACAUGUCAAAAAGAAACACGACACAUACCUGCAAGCAGACAAAAAAUACACACAAACAACAAUGAAAAAAAGGUUGUAAACUACAGUAUAAGACAAUGUGGUGUAUACCAUGGUUAACAUGCACUUUUUUUCCUUGCUUGUUUUCUAUCGUUCCUCGUUUUCUUCCUAAUUUAUGGUAUUUUUAAAGAGAAAAAAAAAAGUGGUUUGUGUGCACUAAUAUCGUCUCAAUAAAGUGAAACCGCUGUGAAGCUUGAUUUUAUUUUCCUCUUUUGUGGGCCGACUUAUUCUGCUAACCGUCUGGAAGCUAAAAGGGCCCUGCUGGGGGGGGGGGGGGGGGGGGGGGGGGGGGGAGUCUAAACCUGCCAGACGACAACAGAAGGCAGCUUUGAUUUGAAGUCUGCUGUCGAGUGAUCACAGUGGCUCCACUGAGAGAACAGCACCGUUUACGCUACUGUGAUGUUGUCCAGUACCUGUUUCAUCCGAGUAUCUGACAAACAAACUGUGAAAUCUGCUUCUGUGCGCUCUCCUGACGUGCUAAAGGGCCGGCGGGCUUCAUCACCAUCCCGGCGUAAACGCUAUCUGUGGGUGAACUAUCUCCGGUUGUUGUCCCCCUAUUUUUUUGAAGUCUUUGUAUUGAAGUCAUUCCACAUUGUUGUACGUAAGUGUAAAUUAUAGACCGCAUAUCGAUCCGAGACGUUAAUAUCCAGCCAUAGGGAGGAGCGAAGUGUUCAUUUCUCUCUCUCUCUCUCGCAGCCCCUGUUAUUUAAAUCUGUAGUUUCUGCAUCAUCCAUACGCCGUCAGAGCACGUCUAGCCGUUGAAGGUUCGUUUAACCCUCGUGUUGUCCUGCGGUUUAAAGUUUGAAAAUGUGGAAAAAAUAUUUGUUCACAUUUUCAACAUUUUUGGAAAAUCUUUGAACAUUUUUUGGGUGGAAAAAAGAAAUGUUAAAAAUGUUUCUUUAAGAACAUUCACAAAAAAAAUCAACUAAAAUCCAGCGAAAUUUGCUUUCUAAAGAAAAUAUUAGAAGCUUUACUGAUAUAUAUAUAUAUAUAUAUAUGUGUGUGUAAUCACUUUAGGUAUUUUUAGGAUUUUUUGGAAGAUUUUUGCUCAUAUUUACAAAAAUCUUCUUGCCAAAUUUGGGGGAUUUUUAAAAAUAAAACCUUUAAGGAAUUAUUGUGAUUUUCUUCCUGAAGGUUUUGCAAAUUUUCAGAAAUUUGGGGAAUUUUUCUUCUGAAUUUUUGGAUUUUUUUCAGACAAGGAACCCAUAUUUUUUGGUGAAUGAGGACAACAGGAGGGUUAACGAUGCCCUAUCGACUUUCAAAAUGCCUUUUCACUGCCUGGUUUGAGAAUCGAAGUCCCGGUUCGGAGAGAUUUCUUUCCGAUUCGAGGCAUGGAGGCUUCUGACAGGAACCCUCAUGUUGUCCUGUGGGUCAAAAUUGGGCCGUUUUAAAGUUUGAAAACGUGGAAAAAAUAUUUGUUCACAUUUUCAACAUUUUUGGGAACUCUUUGAACAUUUUUGGUGGAAAAAAGAAAUGUUAAAAAUGUUAAACAUGCACAAAAAAAUCAACCAAAAUCCAGCGAAUUUCGCUGGAUUUUGGUUGAUUUUUUUGUGAAUGUUCUUAAAGAAAAUAUUAGAAGCUUUACUGAUAUAUAUAUGUGUAAUCACUUUAGGUAUUUUUAGGAUUUUUUUGGAAGAUUUUUGCUCAUAUUUACAAUAAUUUUCUUGCCAAAUUUGGGGGAUUUUUAAAAUAAAGCCUUUAAGGAAUUAUUGUGAUUUUCUUCCUGAAGGUUAUGCAAAUGUUCAGAAAUUUUCGGGAUUUUUUUUGUUUUUUUUUUCAGACAAGGAAACCAUAUUUUUUGAUAAAUGAGGACAACAGGAGGGUUAACGAUGCCCUAUCGACUUUCAAAAUGCCUUUUCACUGCCUGCUUUGAGAAUCGAAGUCCCGGUUCGGAGAGAUUUCUUUCCGAUUCGAGGCAUGGAGGCUUCUGACAGGAACACGGGCACCACAUACUAGUGACAGGAAGGAUAAACCUACUUAUUAGCCCGUGUGGCGCUUGGCCAGCCUGGAACAAACGUGUCGGGGACCUCUGGACGAGUCACUGUGUACGACAACAACAGAGCACAAGGUUACUAUUUAAUUCCACACUGCUGCUAAUGUAUAUUUGGUUCAAGAAGUAAAUUAAAAAAAAGGGAAUAAGAGAAAAAUCAAAGUGUUUCCAUGUUUUGCUGCCUCUCCACACAUAAAAAUGAAUCUGAAUGCCAAAAAAACAAACAUUUCGUUGUAUAAUUCCGUACAAAUAACACUAGCAGUGAGAUGAUUUUAAAAAUGAUUGUUUUGAUAUAAAGAGUAAAUGUUUCAGAUUUGUAUAUAAUAUGUAAGAUUUCACGGCGGCCGUCGGGUUCGUUUUAUGUCCGAUUUAAAACGAACCCGAGGCUUGCUCAAAGGUUUACAAUAUUCUUUUAUUUGCAGGAGUAAGAUGCAAUGUUUUUGCUUCGGUGAAAUGCUGAAGCUCAUAAUUCUAUCUGGGUGUGUUGAAUCGAUGAAGAAGCUCAGGAUUGCUGGGUACGAUAAAAGCGAAAGCAUUGCAUUGAAAGAGGUUUUAGGAAAUGCCCUGGACCAUUAUUCUGUUCUGUAUCAUUCCGACAGUGUUACACAAUGGAUCCCAAAAUCAUGUAAUUCACAAGUGUUCAAAAUGAUGUAAAUAUAUAUCCCUCUUUUUUUAGAUUAAAAUAAAGAUGAGUCAUUAUUCAAAACCA